AUGGAGGUGGAGGAGAUACAAGCCAGCAACAAGUUCCCAAGAAUCGGAAACGGCAGCAGCAGAGAUCACAAGCCAUCACCCGAAGACGACGACAAUCAAGACCCAUCAUGCCUAGAACUCAAGAGGGACGCCGCCGCCACAGCCGCAGCCGAUGCGGGCAACCGUCUCCCCGGUUGGCACCACUCCCGCAUCAUCCGCGUUUCUGGAGCCUCCGGCGGCAAAGAUCGGCACAGCAAGGUCUGGACUUCAAAAGGGUUGAGAGACCGGAGGGUCCGGUUGUCUGUAGCCACCGCCAUUCAGUUCUACGAUCUCCAAGAUCGGUUAAAUUACGACCAGCCCAGCAAAGCAAUUGAGUGGCUGAUCAAAGCCGCCGCCGAUGCCAUCGCUGAGCUCCCUUCUCUGAACAAUUCUUCGUUCCCUGACGCGCCUAAGCAGCUCAGCGACGAGGAGAGGGCGAGCUGCGAGAGUGGAGGGUUUGAUCCGGCAGAGAUUGAGUUCGAUCAGAACUACAACCAGAAUCAGAACCAGACCGGGAACCAAAGUCAGGACCUUUCCUUGUCGAAAUCCGCUUGCUCCAGUACUUCCGAGACCAGCAAGGGAUCCGUGUUCUUGAGUUCUGGAGGUGAAGACACACGCACGACCUUCACGGACCACCUCUACUGUACAUUAGAAGACCAGCGAUUCAACGUCUUCAUGUACGGAGACGAAUACGAUUGCAAGCUAGAAAAAAGUAAUAGAGCUAUACCAGAGCACCUGAUUCAAGAAAUCGAAAGGUCUAAGGUUGCCAUCGUCGUCUUCUCAAGAGGGUAUCCGGAGUCCGCGUGGUGUCUCGAGGAGCUGGUGAAGAUCAUGGAGUGCAGAAAAACACUGGGUCAAAUGGUUUUUCCAAUCUUCUAUGAUGUUGAUUCCUCAGAUGUCGUGAAACAGAGUGGUAGUUUUGCACAGGCGUUUCAGAAAUAUGAACAGGAAGUUAAGGAAGAAAAGGUACUUCUCUGGAGAAAGGCUCUUAAUGAAGCUGGAAGUUUGGCCGGAUUCAAUUUUCCAGAACCUGGCUGGAAGUUUGUUGGAAAAUAUGACUGGAAUGAAGGACAUUUUAUCAGGAACGUUGUUUCUCAGAUCACUGGAAAACUGAGCAGAAACAAUCACUUAGUGUUACCUACCAAGCUAGUUGGAAUAGAUUCUCGCGUGCGAGAAAUUAGUAAGCAUUUAGAUGUUGGAGGAUCAAAUGAUGUUCGCAUAAUUGGAAUUUUGGGUAUGUGUGGACUGGGUAAGACAACGGUUGCAAAAGCCGUUUUCAACAAACAUCAUCAUAGUUUUGACGGUGCAAGUUUCCUUGAAACCGCGAGCGAAGAGAAACUGGUUGAUUUGCAAAAAAAACUUAUUUCUGAUAUCUUGAAACCGGCCUACAUAUUGGUAAGUAGUAUCAAUGAAGGGACCAAGGAGAUAAAACAAAGGUUAGGCAACAGAAGGGUACUUGUCGUAAUUGAUGAUUUAGACAGCAUUCAACAAAGAGAUGCUUUGGCUAUACAACCUGACUCCUUUGGUCGAGGGAGCAGAAUCAUUAUAACUUCAAGAAACGAACAUUUGCUAAAGAUACUUAAUGUGUAUAAGAUAUGUCCUCUGCCAACAAUGAAUGAAAGAGAAGCUCUUGAGCUACUUAGUUGGCAUGCCUUUAGAAACAAUUAUCCUAAUGCAGAGUAUAUUGAGCUCUCAAGAAAGGCUGUUGGCUACUGUGGAGGUUUGCCACUAGCACUUGAAGUCUUAGGUUCUUAUAUACGUACAGAAAGCACAAGUGAAUGGGAAACUGUACUGGAUAAAUGGAAGAGAUCACAGCCUUAUCGGGAAAUUCACAGAAGACUUGAAAUAAGCUAUGAUGGGCUAACUGAUGAUGACGUGAAGGCUAUAUUCCUUGACAUCUCAUGUUUCUUUACUGGAAUGAACAAGGACUAUGUCAUGACAGUACUGGAUGGCUGUCAGUUUUAUCCAGAAAUAGGGAUUCGAGAACUCCAAGAUCAAUGCCUUGUAACUGUUGAUAAAGAAGGCAAUCUCAUGAUGCAUGAUUUGAUUCAAGGCAUGGGCAGAGAAAUUGUGCGUGCAGAAUCCCCUGACAAUCCUGGAGAGCGUAGUAGAUUGUGGCAUAAUGAAGAUAUAACAGCCGUAUUGACAAAACAAUCUGGAGCGGAAGACGUUGAAGGACUCGCUUUAGAUGUGCAAGAGUCUGAUGAGCGUAGCUUCAGUUCAGACUCAUUUAGAAACAUGCAGAGUCUGCGAUUGCUCAAACUCAAUAACAUAAAGCUCACUGGAAGUUACCACAAUCUUUCCAAAGAGUUAAGAUGGUUGUGUUGGCGUGGAUUUCCUCUGGAGGUCAUACCAAAAGAUUUUGAUCAACCAAACCUAGUUGCUAUUGACCUGAGCUAUAGCAAACUCAUACGAGUUUGGGAGGAUUCCGAUUUGUUGCUUGAGAAGUUGAAGCUUCUUAAUCUCAGUCAUUCCCAUAACCUGGCACAAACACCAGACUUUUCAAAACUCCCAAAUCUCGAGGAAUUGAUUUUGAAUGAUUGUGAGAGUUUGUCCGAGGUUCAUUCAUCCAUUGGGAAUCUUGAAAGACUUACUUUGGUAAAUCUUGAAGGCUGCAAAAUGCUCAAGGAUCUCCCACUGAAUUUCUUUAAUUCCAAGUCUAUUGAAACUCUUCUUCUUAACGGCUGUUCAAGAUUUGAAGACUUGGCUGAAGGCUUGGGAAAGAGUUACCAUAAGACAGCAGAUGGCUCACCCAUAAGACAAAUACUAAAGUUGAGAUUUUCAUCUCAAUAUGGAGUGAAAGAGUCACCAUCAACUAGUCUUUUGCCCCUUUCUUUUCAUGGCUUAAACUCUUUGCGGAAAUUAGAUCUUGGAUGCUGCUCUUUAACCGAUGAUGAAAUCCCGAAGGAUCUUGGGAGUCUAAUUUCUUUAGAAGAUUUAGAUCUUCGAAAAAAUAGUUUUUGUAGCCUACCAAGCCUCAGUGGUCUUUCUACGCUUGAAACAUUGUGUUUAGAUGAUUGCACAAACCUACAUGCAAUCCCAAAUUUACCAACAAGUUUGAAAGUCUUGCGAGCGGGUUUGUGCACUGCAUUAGAAACAGUGCCAGAUUUUUCAAAAUUGUCGAAUAUGAGAGAGUUGUAUCUAAGUCAUUCCUGCAAACUCACCGAGAUUCCGGGCUUGGAGAUGUCAUUAAACUCGAUGACAAGAAUUCAUAUGGAAGGGUGCAUCAAUCUCACUGCUGAUUUUAGGAAGAACAUCCUUCAGGGAUGGACUUCUUGCGGAUAUGGUGGCAUUUUUCUCAAUGGAAAUUAUAUUCCUGACUGGUUUGAUUUUGUCAAGGGUGAUCCGGUCAGUAUUCACAUACCUCAAAUUGUUGGUCGCAAUUUUAGCGGGUUGACUCUUUGCUGCAUAUACUCUUCAAAGACACAACGUGAAGGUCCUCUCGGCAUUAUCGUUAGCAAUAAAACCAAGCGUACUGCUUUGCUCGCCCGGAUAACAUAUGCCUCGGUACCAACUUCCUGUACACUUGAUGACCAUUAUCUUUGGCAGGGGCAUAUAUCGAACUAUGUGCUAAGUUUGCAAGGAGGGGACAAGGUCGAUAUAGUUGUAAUGCCUGUUGAAACUGCAGAUGCUUCUGUGAGAGUGAAGAAAAUAGGGGUUAAUCUAGUAUGGGACAAAGAGAUGAAGGAAAAUAUGCAUGCUUCAGACUUUAAUCUCUAUGAUUUUGGCCUACAUCCGGUUUGGUUCUUGGGAGCUAAUGGGUAUGAAGGAUUCAGUACUAGAGAACUGAAGAACAAUUACUUGGACGUAGCCAUACACCCAGUUGGAAUAGAUUCUCGUGUGCAAGAAAUCAGUAAUUAUUUAGAUGUUGGAGGAUCAAAUGAUGUCCGUAUCAUUGGAAUCUGGGGUAUGGGCGGACUGGGUAAAACAACGGUUGCAAAAGUAAUUUUCAACAAAUAUCAGCACAUGUUUGAUGGUACAAGUUUUCUUCCAAAUGUGAGAAAAGAUGAGGAACUGGUUGAUUCACAAAACAAACUUCUUUCUGAUAUCUUGAGAUCGGGAAACAUGAAGGUUAGUAGGAUCUAUGAAGGGACCAAGGAGAUUAAAAGAAGACUUGGCAACAAAAGAGUACUUGUUAUAGUAGAUGACGUAGACCGCGAUGCACAGUUAGAUGCAUUAGCUCUAAGGCAUGACUCAUUUGGCCCAGGAAGUAGAAUUAUUGUAACAACAAGGGAUCAACAUUUGCUAAAGAUACUUAACGUGGAGGCGAUUUGUCCUUUGCAAGAAAUGAAUAAAGAAGAAGCUCUUGAGCUAUUUAGUUGGCAUGCCUUUAGAAAGAAUUAUCCUAAUGAAGAGGACGUUGAGCUCUCAAGAGAAGUUGUUGACUACUGUGGGGGUUUGCCACUAGCACUUGAAGUCAUAGGUUCUUAUCUACGUUCAACAAGCACAAGUGGAUGUGGAACUAUACUGGAUGAAUGGAAAAGCUCACAGCCUUAUAGGGUAAUUCUGGAAAAUAUUAAGACAAGCUAUGAUAGGCUAAAUGAUGACCUGGUGAAGGAUGUAUUCCUGGAUAUAGGCUGUUUCUUUAUUGGAAUGAACAAGAACGAUGUCACGACAAUAUUGGAUGGCUGUGACUUAUAUCCAGAAAAAGGAAUUCGAGAACUCCAAGAUCAAUGCCUUGUAACUGUUGAUACACAAGGCAAUCUGAUGAUGCAUAACUUGAUUCGAGACAUGGCCAGAGAAAUCGUACAUGCACAAUGCCCUGACCAUCCUGGAGAACGUAGUAGAUUGUGGUAUGAUAUGGAUGUCAUGGACAUAUUGGAGGAACAAUCUGGAACUGUGGCAAUUGAAGGACUUGCUUUAGUUUUGUCUGAUGGUUCAAGGUUCAGUACAGAAGCAUUUAGAAAGAUGCGGAGUCUAAGAUUGCUCAAACUCAUUAACGCAAAGCUCACUGGAAGUUACAACAAUUUUUCCAAAGAGUUAAGAUGGUUGUGUUGGCAUGGAUUUCCUCUGGAGGUCAUACCUUUAGAUUUCGAUCAGCCAAACCUAGUUGCUAUUGACCUGACCUGGAGCAAACUCAAACGAGUUUGGGAGGAUACUGACGUGCAGCUGCUCAAGAAUCUGAAAAUCAUCAAUCUCAGUCAUUCCCAUGACCUAACAGAAUCACCAGAUCUUUCCAAAGUCCCAAAUCUUGAAAAACUGAUAUUGGUAAACUGUACAAAAUUGUCUCAGAUUCACCCAUCCAUUGGGCAUCUUGAAAGACUUUCGUUGGUAAAUCUUGAAGACUGCAAAACGCUUCAGUAUUUUCCACGGGAUUUCUAUAAGUCAAGGUCAGUUGAGACUCUUAUUCUUAACGGCUGUUCAGGUUUAAAAAUGCUGGAUGACAGCUUAGGGGGGAUGGUAUCAUUGACAACACUUCAAGCAUGCGAUACAAGGCUAAGGCAAGUACCAUCUUCAAUGGUAGGAUUGCAGAACCUGACAUUUUUAGACCUUAGCAGCUGCCGGUCAGCUUAUGGUGCAAUUGAUCGCAAUAGGUUUUGUAUCCUACCGAGCCUCAGUGGACUCUCCAAGCUUAAAAUGUUAGAUUUGAGUUCUUGCUGGGAUCUUCGUGAAAUCCCAGAUUUACCAACAAAUUUGGAAAUCUUGAGAGCGAAUGAAUGCAUUUCACUUAGAAAAAUGCCAAAUUUUUCGGAAAUGUCUAGUAUGGUUGAACUGCAUCUGGAUCUCUCCCCCAAACUCACUGAGAUUCUAGGCUUGCAUGAGUCGUUAAACACUAUGAGAAGGAUUCAUAUGGAAGGCUGCACCAAUCUCACUGCUGCUUUUAGGAAGAACAUCAUACAGGGAUUGACUUCUUUCCGACAUGGUGGCAUUAUUUUUCUCAAUGGAGUUUAUGAUAUUCCAGAGUGGUUCCAGGUUGUUGGUAUUCAUGAGUCCAAUGAUGUUCGUUUUAAAGUGCCUCGAUAUUUGGGUCGUAAUGUUAGAGGAUUGACUCUGUGCUGUGUUUUCAUGGGGAAUUGUCCUGGAUUUACUGUUACUAAUAUUACCAAGGGUAAGGCUUUGCACAUCCCGGGAGAAUCUAGAUCCGUUUUCACUGGUAGUGUACUCCGUUUGCAAAGUGUAUUAUCAAAUGAUGUACUCCGUUUGCAAAGUGGGGACGAAGUCUCGAUUUCUGCAGUUACGACAAGAUUGGUUGGGAUAGGGGGAUUGAUGAAAACAGGAGUUAAUCUAGUCUGGGAUGAUGGUGAUGGCGGUGACGCAUACUCUAGCAAGGACGACAUUGUUGCCGUACCAAGCAAUACUACGUCUGACGAGACUCUUCCAUCUCCCUCAUUCCACACGGACAGUUAUCCGCCCAUGGCUUCCGAUCUCAAAAUGCGUGGGAAGGAGGUGUCCAUCUAUGACCCCUUGGAGUUGGCCGUAGCAUCUGUCAAACCAAAGUACGGGCUUUAAUUCUACCAGAAGCUAGAAGAAGUGGUUGUGACUAUAUUCGCCAAGGGCAUACCAGCCAAAGACGUUAAUGUUGAGUUUGGUGAACAAAUACCAAGUGUUAGCAUUGAUGUUGCUGGUGAACAUACAUAUUAUUUUCAGCCUCGCUUAUUUAGAAAGAUAAUACCUGAAAAGUGCAGAUUUGACGUUCUGUCCACCGAAGUUGAAAUUCGCCUGGCUAAAGCUGAACCAUCACACUGGACAUCUCUUGAAUUCGGCAAGGACAACUCUGUUCCACUAAAGUGGACAACUCUGUUCCACUGAAGGACUGGAAAUCUCUUGAAUUCAGGAAGUACAACCCUGUUGCACCAAAGGCGUAAAGGAAAAAAAAAAAUUGGCAAAAAUUGAGGGCGUUUUUGUUAUUUUAUUCUUAUUUAAUGCAGAAUUUGUAUGAAAUGAUCAAAAUGAUUGAUUGUGAACAAAUUCAGAUGCUGAUUUUAUCGAUUUUAAACA